GCGUCGGCUCCUUAAUCCUGCGCCGGGAGAACCAAGGCCCUGGGGGCUGCAGGUGUCUAAGGGCUCACACCCUCCCCCCACCCGCCCCUCAGCCCCGGGAGGCCUGGGCCCGGCCUGAGUAGCCCUCCCAUCCCAGAUCCUUGGGGUCACCCCCGGGACGCCCCCUGGGGGGUCAUGCAGGGUCGCCUAGGGGCCGCGCCCAGGGGGGUCUCGGGUCAAUCGGGGGACCCUGGGGGAGGGCAGCUAAUCCCAUUGCCUGCUGCCCCUAGGUCUCCUUGGCUGGCCCUCCCAGCUGCAGUGACCGGCCUGCGCUUCCUUCAGGAGACAGCAGAGCGGCUCCCUCAGGCUCCUGCCCCCGAAGCCUCCCAAGCUGAGCCCUGGCAGGAGCCCCCAGGGCCCCCCAGGGCCUUGGCCCCCCUGACUGUCCCCGGGGGCCCUCCUGCCUGGGAUGCAGUGGACUCCUUAGCCCUCAUCAGCCUGCAGUGUCACCGACUGAGUCCCCCAAGGGCCAGGAAGCAGGUAGGGCCAGGAGUGAGACUGGGGAGCCCACCUGGCCUCCAGGCCCUGGCAGGCAGGACCCUCCGCAAGCAGCCCCACCCGCAAAGGGGAGCUGAGGGGCUGGAGCCCGGAUUCCAGGGCGUUAUGCUGAAGAUGCACCUGAAGCCUGAGCGGGAGGGACACCAGCUGCUGAUCACUGCCCAAUUCAGUUCAGCCUGUGGUGCCCGGAGCUGGGGGGCUUCACCUAGCCCUGUGAGAGCCUUGCCUAGUCCCCUGGGGGCAUCCACAUCAAACCAUCAAGAUUCCCAAGGGAGUCGAAGCUGUGCCUCCUGCCGAACCCAGAGAACACCGCUGUGGCGGGAUGCCGAGGAUGGGACCCCACUGUGUAAUGCCUGUGGCAUCAGGUAUAAAAAGUAUGGAAUCCGCUGCCCUGCCUGUUGGACUGUACCCAGGAAAAGCAUCUACCCACUUGGGCACUGUAACCGUUGUGGGGCCUGGCUCUGUACCCCUCCAGGCCCUAGCAGGAAGGGGACGGAAGGCCAUGACUCCGGUGUCCGAGCCCGGCUUCCCCGGCUCCAUGGGGAGAAGGAAAAGGGCUUCUCCAGAGAAGUGGCCAUGAGGGCGGGAGAGAGAGCUGGGAUCUCCACUGGCCGGAGGCAUUGCCCUGAUGAGAUGUGGAUUCCGGCUCCCAUGGGAAGGCCAGAGCAGUGACUUUGGUGUCAGCCCCCACCUCCCACCCCUUCACUCAUCCAGAUGAAAA